GCAUCAUUGUCGGCUUCUUCGAGCCUUCCCUUCUCUCCUCCUUCCCCCAUCCCUCAUGAACAGCGCUGCGACUGCUUGAGCGAAGCACACACUCCUUCCCGCAAGCCGCGACAGUCUGCCCAUCGCUCCUUCACUCGUCAGCAUGUUCGUUCUCCGGAAUGUCGGCAAACUCAUCUUUGGCUCAAGCACCCAGGAAGCACUGAUUGAACUCCCCCAAGGCCAACUCUACCUCGUACGACCUCUUUCGCCCAAGGGCUACUCCGAGCUCAUCUUCAAAGACUCGGCCAUCCGCAUCCGCCGCACCAACCAAGACUUCCAGUACCAGCUCGUCGUCCAGCGCGUUUUUGAGGAAGGCGAGGCUGAACUUCUCGCUGAAGAAGAGGGCGACGACGCCGAAAUCGACGCUCUUGCUUCCGAGAGAGACGAGAAGACUUUCUUGCUCGACGAAGCCCUACACUUCCGAGUCGAAAUCAGGCACGACGGCGAUAAAGUCCUCGCUUGGAAGGAUCUAAGCGGUGAUACUGGUGACAUCUACCAAUUUGUCUGCGAUCCCUCUGUUUCCUCGGCCCAAGUCCAGCAGUUCGUGAGAGUAGCACAGGAGUGCCAGUACGAGCGCAAGUAUCGAAUGCCGCACACCACCGCUUCGGCCCACGAUUUGCAACAGUUCGAGUUCCAAGAAGAAGACCCGAUCCCACCCGCCAGUCCCAUCCACAGCCCGAUACUCUCUCGCUCGAUCGAAUCCGUCGACGAUAUGUUGUCCAAGAAGAGUAAGGCCAACUCGGCCGCCAAGCGGGAGCCUGUCACCAUUCCCGAGCAGGAAAUCGAGGUGCCUGAAUUAGCAGGACCCGACGCUGAGUCUCCACCAGAAGCCAUCGAGAUCUACGCUGCCGUCACUGCUGAACUUCACCUCUUCGACCCUGAGCCCGGACACUUCGUCAUGGUGGACGAUACCAUCAUCGCAACUGUUUCCGAGGUUGGCAAGUGGGAGUACUGGUUGCAGAUUGAGAGCACGGAAAAGGCAUGGCUUGGGACUCCAGUCGUCGCCGACUUCAAUCCCGUGUUCGACUUUGAGUAUUUGUCUUUCGUUUUCAACCAUUUCAGCAGUGAUGGCACUGCGAGAUCGUGGCUACUCCGCUUCAAGGAUCAGCCAACCCUGGAGAAGUUCCAGCAGGCCAUCAUGCAAGCCAUUUGGGAGAAGUUGAACGAGACCAAAUGGGCCAAAAUUCAAGAGAAGGAGCGCGAAUACGUUCUUGAUGCCUUUGGAGACUUGAACAUGGAAGAUGAGGAGGAGCUUGAGGACGAUCGUGCGCGGGACGAGGAAUAUGACUCUGAUGAGGAUGAAGACAGCACUUUCCCCAGGAAUGCCGAUGGCGAGGUCAACUCCCAGCUCGCCGUUGGCUACAAGCACGACCGAUCCUUCGUCGUCCGUGGAUCCAAGAUUGGCGUUUUCAAGCAUACAGAAAACAACCGCCUUGAGUUUGCGACCAACAUUUCAAAGGUCACCACGCCAAACGGCAAGCUGAUGAACCCCAAGAAGGUCAUGCUACACAGCGAGGAUCGCGACCUCAUUCUCCAAAAUGAAAUCGACCCUAACAAGCUGUACCGCAUGGAUCUUGAAUACGGCAAGGUUGUGGACGAGUGGAAGGUUCACGACGACAUUCCCGUCGUGACCUUUGCCCCUGAGAAUAAGUUUGCACAGAUGACAUCUGAGCAGACCUUCCUGGGUGUCUCCCACAACGCCCUUUACCGAAUCGAUCCUCGUCUGUCUGGUCAAAAGCUCGUCGACUCGGACAUGAAGCAGUACGCUUCCAAGAACGACUUCUCGGCCCUCGCCACAACAGAGAAGGGUUACAUCGCCGUCGCAAGCAACAAGGGAGACAUUCGCCUCUUUGAUCGCCUCGGAAUCCGAGCCAAGUCGCAACUUCCAGCUCUAGGUGACCCGAUUGUUGGUAUGGACGUUUCUGCCGAUGGUCGCUGGAUCUUGGGUACCACUCGCAACUACAUCCUGCUCGUUGAUGCUCAACAAAAGUCUGGCAAGAACGAAGGCAAGCUCGGCUUCGAGAAGGGAUUCGCUGCCGACUCCAAGCCUCAUCCCCGUCGUUUGGCGCUUACUCCUGAGCAUGUGGCACAGUUCUACCAUGAGACUGGCAAGUCUGUCUCCUUUACACCCGCCAAAUUCAACACUGGAGCGGGAGCCGAGGAGACGAGCAUCAUCACUGCCACUGGCCCUUACAUCAUUGAGUGGAAUCUGAAGAGAAUUCUCAAGGGAAUGAAGGCACCAUACAAAAUCAAGAGAUACGAAGAGGAGGUCAAGGCCGACGAUUUCAAGUUCGGCUCUGACAAGAACGUCAUCGUGGCGCUGCCCAAUGAGGUUAACAUGGUUGCCAAGCAGAGUCUGAGGAAGCCUACCCGGGAGAGCAUCAUCGGCGACAUUCGCGUCAGUGAUGGACGCAGAUCAUCGGGGAGAAUCGGAAACCAAGAGAGUGGGCGGUACAAGCUAGGAAAGGAUGACAUCGUCGACUCGCCUUUCUAAGCAGUCCGCGAUGCAUUGCCACGAGGACGCAAGUGAUCCGGUGGAAU